UGAAGGGAUGGUGAUCCCUGCUGUGCAUGAUGUGCACAACAGAUGCUGAGGCUAUCAGGCUGUGAAUUAGGAAAUAUCAUAGUUGGGCUUCAUUAUCCUGGAGGAGUCUGUGGUAAUCUUACUAGGAAGCCCAUGUUUGAGCGUUCAUGGAUAUCCUGGAGCGUUCAGCUGAGUAGCAAGGCUAUGGUUGGGGUGAUGAAGGUGUUUUGCAGCAUAUACGCGACCAGAAUGGUUGGCAGAUUAAACUUUCUGUGAUGCAAUGGGCCAUGAGUUCUGAUCUGCCCUACUGUCAUUCAGAGGCCCACCUUCUAGGACAAGCUGCAAUCCCCAACCUUGUAUGGAACUGGCUCCCACACAUAUGUAGCUUAGAAGUUAGAGAACUGCCGUGGACAGCUGUGGGUACUGUCAAGAUUGUCAUGAGAUGUCAUUGCAGAUUUUGCAGCAAAGAAGGCGGCAAUAUGCCGCAGAGUGUGCCUGGAUAUGAGAAUCUUUGCUUGCUGCAAACCUGGAGUGUGUAGGAAAACGACUGAAGUACGAAGUAUGCCUCUUUUUUCAUGCUCGCUGGACUUGUUCAGGUCCUAGCAAUAACCCUGUCUUGUGUCAGAGGUAGCAGGCUUCUCGGAUGAGAGCCAUCAGGCAGGUCAAGGUCUACGUGGUGCUCUGUUCUUGUACAUAGGAUAGCUGUCCGGAAAGAGCUUUCCAAUCCCAAAGCAGCCUUAUGAGCAGAUCCUUCAUAUCAUGUCUGUGUGCUGCCUGUAAUUAACGCAGUAU